UCCCAACCCGUGUGCAAAAUCCUUUCUUUCCCUGUUCAGCUUGUAAAUGCCCGCCGGCGGCGGGGCAGUCUCUGCCAUCGGUGGAUUACUUGGAGAUAAGAAACAGACAAAUGUACAGAGAUAAUUCUAAAUUUCUAAUGGCAGGCACCACAUGUGAUGGAGGGGAAGUUUGUCCUCUUUCUUUUUGCCGCUUAACCCCCAAUCAUCUCGAAUUCCCUUCUCUGAGCUCUCACAUCGCCGCCUGCUUUUCUGCUCUGCUCUGUUCAGUCACUGUCCACAGUUCCCACCAGCUCCUCUAGGCUCCACUCUCCCUCCUUCUCCCCCAUAAACCCUGUUUGUUUGGUUUUUUCACCUUGGCUUACCAGCAAAAAGCAUUAUGUGGGACUCCGAGAGUGAAACCGGCGGCGGCGGCGGCGGCGGCCGGGAUUAUGGCAAUGGAGCUAUUUCCUCCACCAAACACGCCCUCCAGACUGAUGGAUUCGAGCUCAGAGACCGUUCCUGGUAUGUUGCUACUGAUAUCCCGAGCGAUUUCCUGGUCCAAAUUGAAGGCGUUCAGUUCCACCUCCACAAGUACCCUUUACUAUCCAGGAGCGGGAAAAUGAACAGACUGAUCUACGAAUCGAGGGAGGCAGCAGAGGUGAACAAGGUUGUUCUCGACGAUCUCCCCGGCGGCCCCGACGCAUUCGAGCUAGCAGCCAAGUUCUGCUACGGAAUCGCUGUCGAUCUAACCGCAUCCAACAUCUCAGGGCUAAGGUGCGCGGCAGAGUACAUGGAAAUGACAGAGGAUUUGGAGGAAGGCAACCUCAUCUUCAAAACCGAAGCAUUCCUCAGCUACGUGGUUCUUUCCUCGUGGAGAGACUCCAUCGUCGUGCUCAAGAACUGCGAGAAGCUGUCACCGUGGGCAGAGAAUCUCCAGAUCGUGAGGCGAUGCAGCGAAUCGAUCGCGUGGAAGGCUUGUGCUAAUCCGAAAGGGAUCAGGUGGGCUUACACUGGGAAAGUUCCCCCUAAGGUCUCCAGCCCCAAAUGGACUGAUAGCUCGUCGAGUCCUAGUCGAAACCAGCAGCCGGUUCCUCCCGAUUGGUGGUUCGAAGACGUUUCGAUCCUCAGGACGGACCAUUUCGUCAGGGUGAUCACCGCGAUUAAAGUGAAAGGGAUGAGAUUCGAGUUAAUCGGUGCUGCAAUCAUGCACUAUGCUACGAAAUGGCUCCCUGGGAUGAUCAAAGAUGGUGGUGGCAUUCAUGAAGGAAGCAAUAACAGUGAUUUUAGCGGCAGCAGCAAUUGGAAAGGCGGGCUGCACAUGAUCAUCGCAGGAGGAACUACGACGAACAAGGACGAUCCGCUCGCUCCCUCGGUGCAGAGCAAGGACCAGAGGAUGAUUGUGGAGAGCUUGAUCAGCAUCAUCCCGCCGCAGAAGGACAGUGUCUCUUGCAGCUUCCUUCUCAAGCUUCUGAGGAUGGCGAACAUGCUGCGAGUUGCGCCUGCUCUGGUGACCGAAUUGGAGAAGCGAGUCGGUAUGCAGUUCGAGCAGGCUACAUUGGCAGACCUGUUGAUUCCUAGCUACAACAACAACAAGACAAUGUACGAUGUGGAUCUUGUGCAGAGGCUGUUGGAGCAUUUCCUUGUGCAGGAACAGACUGCAGAGAGCUCUAGUCCUAGCAGGCAAUCGUUCUCUGAGAAGCAUGGCAAUAUGUAUGAUGGAAUGGCGGCUCAGAGAGGUGGUGGUAAUAAUCAUCCUAGUGCGAAGAUGAGAGUGGCGAGGCUUGUUGAUAGCUAUCUUACAGAGGUUGCUCGAGACAGAAACCUGUCACUGACUAAGUUUCAGGUUCUGGCUGAGGCUCUGCCUGAAUCCGCGAGGACUUGUGACGAUGGACUUUACAGGGCCAUUGAUUCUUACCUUAAGGCGCACCCGACGCUGUCAGAGCACGAGAGGAAGCGCCUCUGCAGAGUAAUGGACUGUCAGAAGCUCUCCAUCGACGCCUGCAUGCACGCCGCGCAGAACGAGCGCCUCCCGCUCCGAAUCGUGGUUCAAGUCCUCUUCUCCGAGCAAGUCAAAAUCAGCAAUGCCAUAGCCCACAACAACCACAGCAGCCUCAAGGAAACAGGGGACUCUGCAGCGGCGGCCGGUUUCUACCAACCCAUGGUGCCCAACAGGAAGACUCUGCUGGAGGGGACGCCGCAGUCUUUUCAAGAAGGUUGGUCGGCGGCGAAGAAGGACAUCAACACGCUGAAAUUCGAGCUGGAGACGGUGAAGGCCAAGUACAUGGAGCUGCAGGGGGAGCUGGAGAGCUUGCAGAGGCAGUUCGAGAAGGCGACCGCGGCGGCCGGUGGUGGCGGCGGCGGCGGUGGUGGUGGGAAGAAGCAUGGGUCGUCAGCGUGGGCGGUUGGUUGGAGGAAGUUGAGUAUGUUUGGUAAGGGUGGGGGAUUGGAUGGAAGUGAUCACGGUGGCGAUCAUCAUCACCGGGGGGCAGGGGAGGGGCAGGGGAGCAGCCGGAAGACGCCGGCGAGGCGGUGGAGGAACUCCAUUUCUUGAUGAUUUUGCAAGAGAGUGUUUGCUUGAUAUGUUGUGUGGUUAAUGUUUUUCUUUCUUGCACAUCUUAUUUAUCUAUUUUUUUUUUAACUUCUAUUGCUUAAUAUUUUAUUUCGAAAAUUUCGUUGAUGGAUUUUGAUUUCGAGAGCGAUAAAUGUUUGAUUAAUAACUAGCCAUAGUUGUAAGUGUGAUCUGUUCAGGUUUUAGAAGCAAUGUGGCAUCAGCGAAAAUUAAUAAGAUGCUUUCUUUCAUGAAAUA